GUUGGCACUGUUCUUCCUCAGCGAAGCCCGGUCAUCGAAGGAGCACAAACUUUGCUUGGCAGCCACUAUAGUCAAGUACUUCAAAGCGACAGGGGGCGUGCACAAACGGAAACGGUUCCUGGCAGACAAGAGAACGUCGAAGCGCAACGUCAAGCAAGGCACAAGUGCGAAGGCAGAGACUGUCAUCAAGCACAACAAAGACAUGAACAGGUUCUUGCUGGCUGACGCUUUGGCUCUUGCAGCCGUCUUCUUGGAUGGAAGGCUGUCGAAACAUUUCCAAGGCCAGAAGUCAAAGACCUGGGUGGUCUCUCAGGAUGUGCCCCACGGCUGCAACAUACAUCGGCCUGCACGGCUUGAUGACAUCCCCUUCGAGGCCUCUCGUCUCAUGCCUGUGCAUAUCCUCGGCACAUUGCAGUGGCUCGGACGCUUGACGGUGGGCCCGGACGACCUUCGCAGAUCCUUUUGGAAUGGCACGAAUGCUCGUGUCUUCCAAUCUUGGACUGGCGGGAAGUCCGUGCCCCAAGUGCUGGAAAAUGUUCAGCGCCACUUGGAAGAGCAUCGUUUGGCUUUAAAAGCACGGAAAGCCGACACGAAAGCUCUUGCUAAGCUGCAGCGGACUCUGACACCUGCCAUGAUCUCUUGGAAUGCGUGCCAAGCAGUGACAUGUUUGUCGAAUUUUGCUUUCCAGAAGAGAA